AAAAUCUACUAUCUAUAGCAGUUUGCUUUUAUGUACAUAUAAAUUUUAAUGUAGGUAUACACAAAAAGAAUUAAAAUCUGAGUGCACUUUAGGUGCUACUAAUAAAAAUCUUUUUAUUGCGUUUUACGUUAGGAUUAAAAACACUGCAAGGACAUGGAAGACGAAUUAGAAGAUAGAGUUUUAUACCAAACGUAUCUUUCGUUCAUGAAAAUCUUGUCACGUUUCACUAGCAGUGUUCCGCUUGAUACUCCCGUGAGCUAUUUAUGGAAGAUGGUGCGCCUUUAUUUACUACGAUCCGAAGUUGUAGUGUUCACGCUAGCUAUUAUAUUAUUUUUUAUGUACUUACAAUCUAUCGAGCUAUGGAGUCGUACUAUGCUAAGCAGAUUGUCGCAAGCCAUGAGCCCUAUAAGUGCAGUUCAACGGAUGAAGAUUUUGGAGGGCUCCGAUGCAGAUAAACAAAGCUGGGAGCAAAAGGGAACACUUAGCGCUGCUUACGCAAUCAAAGGCAGACGAAUGCACAUGGAAGACCGAUUUAUUAUCAACGAAAACAUAAACAAUACGGGGAUCUCACUGUUCGCGAUAUUCGAUGGGCACGGAGGUGAAUUUGCCGCCAACUACGCGAAAGACCACCUCAUCCAAAACCUGUACAACAAAAUAGUGGAGCUAGAUGCAUUCAGGGAUGGCAAGAUACUCAGUCCUCCUGUGGUGGAGGUGACGGAGGAACCCAAUCAAAAGGAAGAGAACAGUGUUACUGUCGAUAGAAAGUCUAGCUUUAAAAAGUCAGUGAGUACAGCUGAUGAUACAUCAAAGAAGGAAAUAACAGAUCCGGAGCUCUUGGCACAGUUAUCAAAAGCAAGGCCCAUCACUAGAGAGGUCAGACCUGCUACCAAGCCAGUGAGAAAUGUUGUUAAACCAUUGACCAGCUAUGUGGAUAAAGGAAAGAUUAAUUACGGGAAACUGUUGACUGAUGAAGUGCUGGCUGCAGACCAUCUGCUUGUGGAGGCAGCAAAGAGGUCCAUGAAUGUUGCCGGUACCACAGCUCUGCUUGCAAUCAUGGAAGGAAACCAUCUUAUUGUGGCCAAUGUGGGAGACUCUAGAGGAGUGAUGUGUGAUUCACGUGGCAAUGCUAUUCCUGUGUCAUUUGACCAUAAACCACAACAGGUUCGUGAACAGAAAAGAAUUGAGGCAGCUGGUGGCUACAUAGCAUUUAAUGGAGUUUGGCGAGUGGCAGGCAUACUGGCGACAUCGCGUGCCAUGGGAGACUAUCCCUUGAAAGAUAAGAAAUUUGUAAUAGCUGACCCUGACAUUUUAACUUUUAAUCUUGAUGACCACAAGCCUAUGUUCUUAGUGCUUGCUUCUGAUGGGUUGUGGGAUACCUUUUCAAAUGAAGAAGCUGUAAAAUUCAUCAAAGAAAGACUUGACGAGCCUGACUAUGGAGCUAAAAGUCUAACUCUACAAGCAUACUACAGGGGGUCCGUAGAUAACAUAACAGUUUUAGUCAUCAAUUUCCUAACUAACAAAGUAUUUGCAGCUACUUCACAAUAAAGCGGGGUAUGUAUGUAGAUUGUUAAAUUCUAAAAUCUUACAUCUUAUGAAAGAUUUACAUGAAAUUAUUCCUUAAAGUUGUAAGAAUUUUUUACUAACUGAUAAACGAAAAACAAUGUCCGAAAAUUGUAUCAAUAGACGAUUUUCAAAGCAUUUUCCUAUGAUGGUACCUAUAAGUAACAAAAUAAUGUAACUAACUGUUGUUGUCUUUGCAUAAUACAUUUUUAAUGAAUUAAAUUAAAUAAUAAACAAGCUAUUUUGAAAGGAGGAAUCAUAUAAUAAGUUUGCAUAAUAUUUUUUUGGUGAUGAUGUUUAUAAAACAUUGGUCCAAACAACAAACAAAUACUUGGGAUGUUGUAUGGUGAAGUGUCUGUAUAAUAAAUAAUACUAAAUUGCAUUUUAAACUACUUACUUUAUACAUAUUUACAUAAUAAUCUGAUUGUUCUAGUGUAGUGAAUGUUGUCAAGUUAUCUAUAUUAUGUAUUCCACUGCUUCAUCUCCAUGUACCUACCUACGUAGGUAUGUAUUUCCAUGUAAAAUUGAUUAUAUCACUUGGUAUUGAUGUUAUUAAGAUUAUAAAAAUUUUGUAUAUAGUUACGUCCAGUAGAUGAUAUAUUACUUAGACGAGAGUCGUUUAUAUUUUUGAAUGUAUAGGGUCAUAUUUUUGAAAAUCUAAAGUUUUGAAUUUAUGAAUGGUUGUGAUGUGGAUACAGUUUUAAAACUGAAUGCUCUAUAAGUGUAAAGUUUUGUUGUUUACCUGACACAUAAUAUUGUCCUGUAGACACAUCUUUUUGAUUAUAUAUGUAGUGAUAUUAAUUGCCAUGAAAUACAGACAACAUCAUUUUAUCAUUCAUCUGCAUAAUAUGCUGUGGAGAGUUGUUUUAAUACUUUAUUGUUUUUUAAUGUGAUAAAAUGUUACCAGAGAAUGGUGUCAAAGUCUCUGUUAUUAUAAUUUUUAUUGUUAUGACAUGGGUACAAUGUUUUCAUUUAUCUUCAAAUGUUUGAUUACUAGACGAACCUCUCCAUUCUGUAUUUAUUUCUUACUGCAUUUCACGUGGCUUGAAUGCAAGUACUUGUUAUAAUUAAUUGUUAUGCCAUCGGCUUAAUUAUGUAACUGUUUAACCAAGAAUUCGACUAGUUUCAAGCCAUGCUAGAGGCUCAUAUUCAUGAGCAGCAUUUCGCGACAAUCGCCUAGCAGUCGAGUUUCUCGUCAAACAGUGACAUGAGUAAGCCGAUAGCAUAACAAUUAAUUUCGUAUGUCUCACGAAAGUUAUAAUAAAACUUCUUAUAAUGUUGUUGGUUCAUAUUUGCCUGUGGUGCUAGUCAUGUAAUCUUAGUUUUAUAUCUUUAUUUCUCUCCAUAACCAUGUUACAUACUUACAUUAGUGAACCGUAGUAAAGAUAAUUUAUUAGUCUUUAUUAACAUAUUCACCAGAUUUGUGUAUUCAAAUAUUUUUGUAAUUUUAUCUAUACAGAAAGCGAUAAGGUUCGAUUUUAAGUACAAAGAAACUGUUUACAAGAUAUACCUAUCGGCCUAUGGCGUAUUACUAUCUUUUAAACUACACGUUUUUGGGGCCAAAAGAUUCUACUGUCUAUUCGACUUAGGUGAAGCCUAUGUUAUUGAUCAGGUAAUGAAACAUUGUAUUUUAAUAGGUGAGGUGCCAAAAUUGUUUGGAAUUUAUCAUAGUUUGUUAUGAUCUGGUUUUCUUGAGGACAUACAACGUGGUUGUUUACUAAAACUCUAUCAAAUGAAAGGAUUAAGCCCUUAUUGUGUUACCCAAUAUUUUGUAGUGAUUUUAACAUAUUUAUAGGUAGUAUUUUUGUACAUAAUCAGUGUUAUAUGUGUAAUUCUACCAAAACCUUAAAGGUUUGUUAAUGUACGGUGUCCAAUUAUCUUACUGCUUGCCUCCGAUGUACCUACCAAAGUAUAACAAUAUUGUACGUAAUACUUAUAUUAAAAUAAAUGGUAUCGUAAAAAAAAA